AUGUACAGGGUUGACGGGCAAAUCAAGAAGUUCAGCACCCAGUUCAUCACCCAGUGUCCAUCCGACUACAACCACGGUCAGCAGUUGCUGGGGUGGGCCACGGGCCAGAAGGUAAACCAAGGGCCCGCUGGAUCUGGACAUGACCAGCUGGGGGAGCCAGAGAGCCAGCUUGGAGGACCAGAGAGCCAGCUGGGGGGACCAGAGAGCCAGCAGGGAGGACCAGAGAGCCAGCAGGGGGGACCAGAAAGCCAGCAGGGAGGACCAGAGAGCCAGCAGGGGGGACAUGAGAGCCAGCAGGGAGGACCAGAGAGCCAGCAGGGGGGACCACAGAGCCAGCAGGGGGGACCACAGAGCCAGCAGGGAGGACCAGAGAGCCAGCAGGGAGGACCAGAGAGCCAGCAGGGGGGACCAGAGAGCCAGCAAGGGGGACCACAGAGCCAGCAGGGGGGACCAGAGAGCCAGCAAGGGGGACCACAGAGCCAGCAGGGGGGACCAGAGAGCCAGCAGGGGGGACCAGAGAGCCAGCAGGGAGGACCAGAGAGCCAGCAGGGAGGACCAGAGAGCCAGCAGGGGGGACCAGAGAGCCAGCAAGGGGGACCACAGAGCCAGCAGGGGGGACCAGAGAGCCAGCAGGGGGGACCACAGAGCCAGCAGGGGAGUUCAGAGGUGGCUGAGAAAUCAGAGGCAACCACCAAACCCAAGAGAAAGCCUCUGGAAGAGAAUGGAGAUAAAGAAUGUUUCAAAAUGUAUUUAUCUCCCCAUUUAAAGAAGUGACAUUAUCCACAUGUUUGGGUCCAAAUGUGAGGGUUUAGUGUACAUGCAACACACUUGUAAAGAUAAAAAUACUUACUCAAUACUUUCCUGUCUCUGUGAUGUCUUUCAGCAUUCCUGACCUGA